AUGUCAUCUGCUACACCUCCUGGGGGUGUUCAUGCCAGCAUCCCGGGCAUGAGAGGUCAGCAAGGGGAGCCCACUGUGGCCUUCAGCCCUGAGCAGAUGGGAGGCUUAUUGGGUUCCGCAGUAGAAGGGCUUGGUGGUUUAGAAGCAGUGACGACCGAUGCAGGCCUCGAGGCAGCCGCUCUCGCCGCCUUCGCCCAACUCAGCAACCCCACCCAAGGCCAAUCCCCUCUCCCCAAUGAAAUGUUGGGUGAAUCUUCGCAGGGCUCCCUGUCGAAGAAACGCGGGAGGCCGAAGGGAGCCAAGAAUGGGUCAGGCAGGGGCCGGCAGAGUAAGGGUGUUGGUGCUGGCAAGAAGGCAUGUUCCGAAUGCGGCACUAUAAAUCCAUGUCGUCAAAUGCAGUGCACAGAAUGCGGCCAUGAAAUGACCCCCAAGGGGACGACCAAAAAAAGACGCGAAGGCUCCGUGCCGACUGUCAUAGGCGGUCUACCAAUAAGCCCUCUGACAGUAGUCCCUCCGAUCGGAUCGGAGCCUGUCAGCACGCUAGCGAUCAGAGGUCAGGAGCUGCCACCACCGGGUUACAGGGCCUGUGAUGCAUGCAGCGCUCUCCAACCCUCAGCUCGGAAGGUCUGUGCCAACUGUGGUGCCCCAAUCAUCCCCAAAUCUAUGACCUCUCGGUUUUGGACAGCACUCAGAAGCGCGCGUCCCAAACUUCCUGAGCCAUUCCCUCACCCACCUGACCUCUUCGCCCUAUGGAGCGCUGGCCGGGGUGAAUUCGAAGAUAUCACAACGGAAGAUAUCGCGAGUGCAGCAACGAAGGCAGUUCACAGUGCCGAGCCCCUCGAAGUUGUGUUCGAGCAUGUGCCUGACCCUGCCGCCCCCGACACAGCCCAGGUUAGGCCAGGGGAGGGCGCAUGGGUCGAUGGCCAAGGAUGGAUCAUUAAUGCAGGACGAUCGCAAGAACUGAUGUCGCUGUCGCCAUCCUAUGAGACCAGGCCUAUGGUCGUGGCUUUGGCCUCCCGCACUGAAUCCAUCAUUGAAUUGUGGCCAUUGGAGAAGGACAAGGUGCAGAGCGUUCGACGGCUGAUUGUGGGCGGCCAGGUUGCAGACUUCCACUGGGUGGAAUUCAGCGCGACCUCGACAAGGAUCGGCAUACUAUGCGUGCUGUUCUGUGAUGGCCAUGCUGUACUCUACACUGUUCCGAGUUCUAUACUACACCCUUCCUCUCUGGAAACGGCAGCAGUGCUGAAGCUGCGGCCUCAUACGGAGAUACGACCGAGCAAGAAGUGCUUGGGCAUACACGCUAUGCGGAAUCGUGAUAAGGUUUGGAUCUUGGCUGGACUUGAAAGUGGGUGUGCUGCGAUCUUCCGGGUAGAUGAGGAAACUGGCGGCAGCCACGGAGAGGUCUUGAGCAAGCCGUUAUCGAUCCUGAGCUGUUCUGGAGAGGCGUCCCCGUUACUGGCGGUCCAAUGGGCUCCGGUAGAGCCUGAUAGCGACGAAGCUCCGGAAAUCUUUGCAGUUGCAACACGUCUCUGCUACAGUGCAAAUUCAUGCGACCAGAGGUUCGGCAGGGUUACAAUAGCCAAGCGUGCAGUGCUCUGCACACAUCCGCCCACACUCCAUGGGCGUUCACCGCUUGGACCGACGGCUUCCUCAUGCUACACCGCCGUGGACGCCUCCAAGACUUUGAGAUCGCAUAUGAGCACUAUGACUGGUAGGCUGCUCAUCUCAAGCAAUGGUGGAGGAACUGUAAAGCCGAUGCCAGGAGACCCCAUCGCAGCUGUCUGUGUUAGAGCCGGGCACUCUGGGCCGACUGACCACGUAGUGGCAACAGCCUUGACUGGGGGGCUGGUGGUGAUCCAGAGUACUACCUACCUCGCUAAGGGUCCCCAAGCACCACGGUCUAGGCGUUGA